AGGCAGCGGCGGAGCAUCAUCAUCAUCAGCACAGCCGACUGACGGCGGGCCGGAUCGGGACUCUUCUCACCGGACUUGAAUGUGAGCCUGGAGCCGUUUCUCCGGACUGAAGUGCCUUUACAGCGGAGGGAGAGAUGGGACACGGAGACCUGAUGAGCCGGGCGGAGGAUGUAGCGGACCAGUUCCUGCGGGUCACCAAACACUGUCUCCCCCACGUGGCCCGGCUCUGCCUGGUCAGCACCUUCCUGGAGGACGGGGUCAGGAUGUGGUUCCAGUGGGGGGAGCAGAGCGAGUACAUCAACUCCACCUGGAGCUGCGGACUCUUCCUCGCCAACGUCUUCGUCCUGCUCAACCUGCUGGGACAGCUGGGCGGCUGUGUCUUCAUCCUCAGUAGAAACUUUGUUCAGUACGCCUGCUGCUCUCUGUUUGGGAUCAUCGCCCUGCAGAUGGUGGCCUACGGCAUCCUGUGGGACCCCAAGUUCUUCAUGAGGAACCUGGCGCUGGGCGGAGGCCUCCUCCUCCUCCUGGCGGAGUGUCGGGGGGAGGCUCGCAGCGUGUUUGCAGGAGUUCCUUCUCUCGGUCAUCAGAGUUCUCCGAAGCACCUCCUGCAGCUCGGAGGUCGAGUCCUCCUCGUCCUCAUGUUCAUGACGCUGCUGCACUUUGACUUCAGCCUGUUCAGCAUCCUGCAGAACCUGGUGGGCUCGGCCCUCAUCGUGCUGGUGGCGGUGGGCUUUAAGACGAAGCUGGCGGCUCUGACUCUGGUGGCCUGGCUGCUCUGCGUCAACGUCACCUUCAACGCCUUCUGGAACAUCCCGUCGCACAAACCCAUGCACGACUUCCUCAAGUACGACUUCUUCCAGACCACGUCGGUGAUCGGAGGCCUGCUGCUGGUGGUGGCCCUCGGGCCCGGGGGGGUCUCCAUGGACGAGAAGAAGAAGGAAUGGUGAGGAGGAGGACGGGAGAAGCCGAGUCUGUCGACGAAGAGCAGCUGAUGAUAAAGAGGAGGAAGAUGAAAAAGUGUGUGGCUGUUCAGAGAGAGCAGACGAUCAGUCUUCAUUCAUCAAAAACUUUCAGUCAUAAAAACAAAUGUUGCCAAACAGCCAAUCAGAGAAAACCUACUCUUCAUCAUCAUCACACAGAAGAACAUUUGAAAUCUAGUUACUCUACAUGGACUACAGGGUGGUGGAUAAUUCCUGGUGACUCACACCGAGCGAACACACGUCCCGUCACACGACUGAAGCUUCUGACCUCUGAGCCUCGGCCCCCGUGGACCUGGACUCGCUUUCUCCUCCACAUGUAGAAACACCCCGAGUCGCUGAUCUGCACGUCGAUGCUUCAGAUGCUCCGUCGCUCGUUAGACCUGUGAGUGGAGGAAGAGGAAGAGAUCGUUCUAAGACUUCAGAAAGAUGAUCAAUAGAGCUCUUAUUUAAACUGCGUCACGACUCAGGAUCAUUGAAUUCUCAUUAAAUAAUGUCUCCAGGGAAAAUUCAAAUUAAAAUGUCUGUGAGAGAUUCUUCGUUUUUUAGACGACGGAAAAUAACAGCGUUCACGACUCACCUUCUUUCAUCGUUUCAGCUUUCGGCCAUCUUUAACGUCCAGAAACAUUUUCCUGAAGUCUGCUGGACGUGUUCAUGUUGUUCAGUUAAUGUACAUCUGAUCCCAGCUCUGCUCUGAACCCCCCCACCCCCCCGUUCUCUCUACGCGUCACCUGAUGUGUGAAGCUGCCGUCUUCGUGUUUUACCUGGUGUGACUUCACACAUUUUUCUGUUUUUAGAAUGACUUUAGAUCAGCUGCUCGUCGCCUCAGUCAGCCUCCUGCUGCAGUGACUGAAACUGUCCAGCAGGUGUCGACUGCAGCAGCUGCUUCGUCACGAACGUGUUCCACAUUAAACGUGAACUUUCCUUCCACUUCUGGACGUCUGCUCGUUCCUGUGCUGUUCGUUUGUUUGUUGUGACAAAUUAAAUAAUUUUCUAUCGUGUUUUUGUAGAAGAUGUUUAAUAAAUCAGUCCAG